UGCAGUUUGAUCAGAAUGAGUCGUAGUCCCUUGUGGAGAAAAAUAUUUAACUUGAAGCUUGGAUCAUUUUUUGGAGCUUCCGCCGGGAAUCGCUGAUCAGACAAUCAAGCUUCGAAAGCAACCUUUGCAACGCCGUUUCCCACAAACCCUACACCGGAAAAUAUGGCCGAUUCUGACGAGGAGUAUGUUGGAUCCGGAUCUGAGGAUGAGAUCGAUGCGCACAUGGUAACGAGUGGAGCUCGAACACGCUCAGGUCGGAAGAAACAGCGCGGAGGUGCCAACUGGGAGGUCUCGAGAACUUGGGAAUCUGUCGUUGAGGGCGCAGAUGGCACAAUUAGUUCGACAGUUGAAGGGUUAUUAGAAGCUGGAAAGAGAAAGAGAUUACUUCGAGAUACUACACCCUUACAGCGAGGCAUCAUUCGCCAUCUCAUCCUGGUGCUCGACCUUUCCCAGUCGAUGGCGGAGAAGGAUAUCCGGCCCACGCGAUAUCUACUAGCUUUGCGAUACGCUCAAGAGUUCGUCAUUGAAUUUUUCGAACAAAAUCCCAUAUCGCAACUCGGAGUCAUUGGCAUGAGGGAUGGUCUGGCUGUACGAAUAAGCGACAUGAGUGGGAAUCCUACAGAUCACAUCACUGCAAUCCAUGCUUUAAGGUCAGACGACCCGAAGGGACUUCCGAGCUUACAAAACGCUUUGGAGAUGGCGAGAGGUGCACUUUUUCAUACGCCCAGUCACGGUACACGAGAAGUACUCAUAGUCUUUGGAUCUCUUCUCUCUUCGGACCCUGGAGACAUUCACCAAACUUUGAAAUCCCUCGUUGCGGACAAGAUUCGUGUGGGUAUCGUUGGGUUGGCUGCACAGGUCGCAAUCUGUCGCGAACUCUGCGCAAAAACGAACGGCGGAGAUGACACUGUAUAUGGAGUAGCUCUCAAUGAGCAGCAUUUCAGAGAAUUGAUGAUGGAAGUCACAAUCCCACCAGCAUGGAAUCCUUUCCAUCUUUAUGUGCCUGCCACUCGAAACCAUCUUGUGGCGGAUAUCUGUGCUCGCGAUGCGGGAACAAAGUCUGCGGUCUGCCAGCGGAAUGUCCUUCUUGUGGCCUCACCUUAA